UCCUUAGACCGAAUCAGGGUGCCGGUGAGUGUCGUUGCCGCCAAAGGUAGAGAUUGCACCGGAGCUUGUUCGGGUUGAAAGCUGUGCUGAUCAGCAGCUCCCCGGCUGCGCUGACACCAGCGGUGACGCACAGAGAGCGAGGGGCGCACCGCGGCUGGAGUCACAUUGGAUUAAAGCCAGAGACAGCGGAGGGAGCACCAAGUUGAGAUGCUGCGAGAGCUCGUGGUACAGUGUGCGUGAGGAGGAGGAUGCUCCCGUCUCGCGCUUGUUAUUGUCUGGCAACUUUGGACUAAAAUUAAAAGGAAAGGAGCGCGCCUAUCUACCUGGGAUGUAUUAAUGUGAACUGUAAAAAAAAAAAUUUAAAAAAAGGAAAUAGGUCAUAUAGGGCAGUUUUGAGGCUGUGGAGAGAUUUUGAGGUGCGAGAGGAGCGGAACAAAGCGCGCGCCAGGCUGAACACAAAAUCUGGGUAAAACAAAUAUGACGGCCGAUUUUGACGUUUUCUCGCGACUGCUGAUGUGCAACGAAAUAAAGGACACUUCUCCAAGCCUCGGGUGAUUCUGGAUUGCAAUUUACAUUUGUCAUCUUUUUUUUUUUUUUUUUUUUUGGAGACAGAGGGGACAUUAUCACGGCGGCGCAUCGAUAUCCCUGCGCGUAAUGGGAGAAAAGUUUCGGACCUUGCAGAGGAGUCGCACUCGCAGCAUCCCGCCGACGACUCGUUUUUAAAUAACAUGUGAAACCCCCCCCUCCCCCCUCCCCCCUUCUGAUCCGGCCGCGGCUGACGGGAGUUUGUAAGUAAAAAAAAAAAAUUGAGUUAUCCAUUAUGACUUGAAACAGCCUCGGGGGUUAUCAGAACGCGCAUUAAGCCAGUUAACGAUCCAUGAACCGCCCGACCCGAUUUGUCCAAAAGACGCGCAGACGGACAUUAAUGAUCUAGAGAGGAUUUCUGCAGCAGCGGCAGCAGAAGAAGCGGCGAAAAGUGAGAAACUGAACACAGCGAGAGAAGGAGAGGUUCCCUCCUGGAUGGCUAUGAUGUUGUGCCAGCUCGGGCAGAGGUGUGCGAUGGAGGUGGUGCUGCUGACCAUCCUGUCCUGGGUGUCCGUGUGGGCAGAGGAGAAGAUCAUCUUUGACAGACACGCUGUCUACUGGAACAGCUCCAACCCCAAGUUCUGGCACGGAGAGUACAGGGUGGCAGUGAACAUUAAUGACUAUCUGGACAUCUACUGUCCUUACUACGAGGGUCCUCCGUCCCACGGGCGCAUGGAGCGCUACAUCCUGUUCAUGGUCAACCAUGAGGGUUACACCUCCUGCCAGCACAGGAUGCGUGGCUUCAAGCGCUGGGAGUGCAACCGUCCCAGCGGUCCUGAUGGGCCCCUGCGCUUCUCAGAGAAGUUCCAGCUCUUCACCCCCUUCUCCCUGGGCUUCGAGUUUAGGCCUGGACACGAGUACUAUUACAUCUCGUCUCCUCACCCAAACCAUGUGGGGCGAGCAUGUCUAAAGCUGAAGGUGUAUGUCAGACCUCCAGAUGGGUCGGGAUACGAUUCUCCUGAGCCCUUCCUGACUGACGGAGGUCCAAGCUGGAGGCCAGGAGGGUCCGUGGCCCUGUUAGCAGCCCUGGCCUCACUGCUCCUGGGCCUCUUCUCCUGGGUGUGACCCCCUCCAAUCCCUCCUCUCCUCUUCUUCUUGGAGCUCCCACCCUGAGGUCGCUGGGCUGGGCUGGCUGUCCCUCUUUUAAUCCACCACCCCUCAGGGAAGCCCUCUGUCUCUGUCCUCCCACCUUCCACCUCCUUAUGCGACCACCAACCACCCCCACUGCCAGCCCUUCCCAUGCCCAGCCACGGACACACUUUCCAGGCCUGGCUGAGAGGAUUUUGGUCGUUUUUGGAAGCUUCCCUCCAUCUCUGAUCCCAGAUUUCUUGGGAUGAACAGCACCUCUCAGCUGAGAAACACAAGGGAAAUGUCUCUGCACUCAUAUCAGGGGGUCCUUUUUUUGAUUUGACUAUUGACUCCUGGCGGCUGAUGGGGUAGAUUUAGCCACAGCUAUGAUUAAACUUGUCGUUCCAGGGCAAAUUCCUAUCAUGCAAUCACGGCAGGAUGCAUUAAGCGACAGGCCUGGAUGCACAAAAAUUGGAUUUUUUCUCCUAUUGCUGUCCCAUUGUCAAACCAAGAAUUGGAGGUGGCCAAGCUUGCAUUGUAAUUGAAAUUCUAUAUUAUCUGGACCUUUUCCAAGUCUGCAAGGAGCAAAUGUACAGAGAUGAAGAGGAGAAGAGUGACCCGAGCUGUGCAGAAGAGAAAGCGAAAACCAAUGCGGGCACAGAUUUGAAUGGCCGUAUGGGAAAUGUAAUAUUAUAUGUGUUGAUAUUUUAGGAGCAGUGUAGACUCACAGAAAUGUGAUAUAAAAGAAAUCACAGUUUUAUUUUUUAUGAGAAACUCAGAUUUCACAUUAAAAUGACAAGUAUAAUCAUAGGCUGGUUCAG